GUAAGAGUGGACAUACUUGUCUUAUUCCUGAUCUUGGGGAAUAGCAUUAAAUCUUUCACUAUUAAGUAUGAUAUGGGCUUUUCAUAAAUACUCUUUAUGAAGUUGAAGAAGUUUCCUUCUAUUCCUGUUGGUUGAGUGUUUGUAUUACGAAGGGGAUUGGAUUUUGUCAAAUGCGGCAUUUUCUGUGUCCAUUGAGAUGAUAAUAUGGUUUUGCCCUUUAUUAUGUUAAUAUGGUAUAUUAUAUGAAUUGAGUUUCAUGUGUCGAACCACUCUUGUGUUGCUGGGAUAAAGUCCACCUGUUUGUGGUAUAUAAUCCCUUUUAUGUAUUGCUGAAUUUGAUUUGCUAGUAUCUUGUUGGGGAUUUUUAUGUCUAUAUUCAGAAGGGAUUUGAUCUUUAGUUUUCCUAAGAUGUCUUCGUCUGGUAAGGUAAUACUAGCUUCAUGGAGCUGGAGAGUGUUCCUUGUGACUCAGUCUUGACCAAUGGAAUAUGGCAGAAUAUGACACAGGAGGUUGGGUCACAGGGCCCUUGCAACUUCUGCCUGCAUUUCUUUGGAAACUCACUGUCGGGAUGCUUAUUGUUAGAUCCAGCUACCAGGCUAUAAGAAGUGCAGGACAUUUGGGGUGGAGGCCCUCCAGUCAACAUCCCUAGCUGACAGCAAGCAUCAGAUGCCAGCCAUGUGAAUGGGCCAUCUUGGACAUCCCGCUCAGUAGAUGUACAUACAGAUACUACUGUAGCUUCAACUGACGUCCGAUCGUAAGGGAAAACUGCACAGCUGAGUUUAGUCAAUCCAUUGAACUGUGAGAGUUAAUAACAAAUUGUGGUUUUAAACCACAGCGUUUUGGGGUAGAUUUAUUACAUAGUAAUAGAGCAGGAAUCCAUUGGCUGCAGCCAUCCCUGGCCCAUACCUUUCUACAGAAUUGUGGAAGCAUGCAAUGGUGUUUUCUUUUCUCUUGUCUCUUGAAAAGGCCCUGAAAAAUGAAAUGGCCAGAAGGCAGCAUUGAAGAGGGAGCCUGGGUCUUGGAACACCCAAGCCUAGGUAACCAGUGGCCUAUUUUCCAAAAGGUGCUUGCUUAGCUGUACUCUGCCUCUGCUCUGAGCAGAGUGAAUCAAAGGCUCACAGGGCUCACACAUCAGUCAGCCUUCAGCCACUUUGCUGCCCCUGUACCACAGGAGGGUUUUGCUUCUUUGAGUGCCCAGACCUGCCAUUGGCUGGCAUUUGGAGCCAUCUGCUCACUUAGUUUCCUAAAUGGAUCUGUUAUGUGGCAUUUAUCCUUAAUUCCCAGGGUUUUCUCAGACCUGCAAUUGGUCUGUAAGCUGAGCAUCUCAGACCAUCUUGCUAAUCCCACCUUCGAGCCUGUGGACAAAGCUGGACUGCCAUUCUAAAGACAGAUAUGACCUAAUAACCAGAGAAGCAGAACCGGGGUGGGCCCCAGGUAGAUGUGGAAGCUUUUGUGAGCCGGUGCAGCCUUCCCAAAUCCCACCCUAACGUUGGGGCCACCAUUUGCUUGCUGCACGUAAGAACUAACCAAAGGACCCUGUCUGUUGGAUAUUCAGUUUCCCUGCUGCAGUCUCUAGGUGCAUCAGCUUGGUGUGUCUGCACCAAGCUUACUCCUUCAUUUUAAGAAAAAAAUGCCAAAGAUUUUGUAUCUUUUAUUUCAAUUUCCAUAAUAUCAAGAACGUAAAGAUGUACUGUACAUGAAAACAGGCUCAAUAUCAUCAGUCGUUAGGGAAAUGCAAAUCAAAACCCCAAGAGACACCACUUCACAUCCACUAGGAUGACUAUAAUAAUACAUAUUUUUUAAAUUAGAAAGGAAAAUUACAAGUGUUGGUGAGGAUUGUGGAGAAACUGAAACCCUUACACAUUGGUGUUGGGAACGUAAAAUGGCACAGCCACUGUGGAAAGUUCCUCAAAAGAUUAGGCAUAGAGUCAUGGUAUGAUCCAGCAAUUCCACUCCUAGAUAUAUACCUAAGGUCACACAGAAACUUGUACACCAGUGUUCAGAGCAGCACUAUUCACAACAGCCAAAAGGUAGAGCUAACCAAAUGUGCAUCAAAUGGUAAAUGGAUAAAUAGAAUGUAAUAUAUCCUACAAUGAAAACUGUUCAGCCAGAAAAAGGCAUGAAAUAUUGAUACCUGCUAUAAUAUGGGCGAACCUUGAAAACAUUAUGUUAAGUGAAAGAAAGAAGCAAAGGACCAUAUAUUGGAUGAGUCCAUACCUAUGAAACGUUCAGAAUAGGGUAAUCCUUAGAGAGGAAAUAGAUUGGUGGUUGCCAGAGGCUGGGCAAAAAAGGACAUUGAGAAGUCUGAGGUUUCUCUUUGGGGUAGGAAAAAUAAUCUUAAAUUAGAUAGUGGUAGUAGCUGCACAAUAUUGCGGAUCGCACAUUGAAGUGUACACUUUGGAAUGUUUAAAAUAAUGAAUUUUGUGUUCUAUGAAUUUUACCUCAAUAAAAAAUUUUCCAAAAAAAAACCAAACCCUUCUACUUUAAUGGUUAUUGCUGUAAGGUGACAAUAUAUGUUGUUUGCCAUGUAAAGGGACUUUCCCAGUCAAGAAGCAGGACUAGCCAGAGAAUAGGUGCUUCUCAGAGUGGCUUGACGGGGCAUGAAGAGUAUGGUCUGGGAGCCAAAGAAUUCUAGUUCUCCAUCUCACAUUCCAGCCGGGCAACUUCGGGCAAGUUCCUCAGCCUGGAGCACUCUGUUUAAGUCUUCUAAAUUGCAGAUCUAUCUCUAAAAAUGCCUAUAAAGUGCCCACUAUGCACUAGGCAUUAGUCCACUAGUCCCUGCUUAUCCACGAGGGAUACAGUUCCAAGACCCCCAGUGGAUGUCUGAAUCCACAGAUAGUACUAAACCCGGUGUCUACUGUUUUUGCCUAUGCAUAGAUAAAUACCUGUGAUAGUUUAAUUUUUAAAUGAGGCACAGUAAGAGAUUAACAAUAAUAACUAGUAACAAAAUGGAGCAAUUAUAACAAUAUGCCAGCAUCGCUACUCUUGUGCUUUGGAGCCGUUGUUCAGAAAAGUAAGGAUUACUUGAAUGCAAGCACCAAGAUGCCACAGCCUUCCAUCGGGUGACUGAGACGGCUACUGAGUGACUGAUAGGCAGGUGGCAUAGACAAUGUGGGCACGCUGGGCAAAGGGAUGAUUCAUAUCUCAGGUGGGAUGGAGCGGACGGUAUGAGAUUUCAUCAGGCUGUUCUUAACAGUGCGCAAUUUAAAACCUAUGAAGUGUUUGCUUCUGGGAUUUUCCACUUAAUAUUUUUGGACCAUGAUUGGCUGCAUGUAACUAAAACUGUGGAGAGUGAAACCAUGGAUAAGUGAGGACUCGUAUAUUUGUUCCGUUUUUCAGCUGGAGAAAAUGAGGCACAAGGAAAUAGAGUACUUGUCCAAAAGGAGACAGCCAGCGAGAGGCCGAGCAGUGUUCCACAGCAGGCAUUUCUGCUGCAGAAAUGUGGUCUCACGCUCUGCUCCACGUGGCCUUCUAGGAGUGCCUGACCUCCCUACCUCCCAUGGCGCUGUGGGAUCCAGUGCCAUUAGACACAGGGAAACUGUCUUAUAAACAUAAACACUGUGCAGCACACACAAGGCUCAGUGUUGCUCCUGUCUCAGAUAUUAGCAAUGAGAGUUACAGAAAAAACACCUGAAGCUCAUCUGCCCAAGUGGUCAGUCCUGGCCUUACCCAAAAUGCAUUCCUUCUGGAGUUCACCAAGGACAUUAGGAUUGCCUUAUGUCCAGAUUUCUCUGGACACAGGAACAUGUCCCUAUAAGGCUUCUGAGAGGACCCUGAGAUUGCCAUCACUCCAUGGGGCCCGAACUUGGGGGCAAAGGAAAACCAGAUGGAUCCCGGAAUUCCUGGCACCAGCUGGGGCAGGUGAACAUGGGAGGGGGUGCUAACAUCUGGUAACUUAUGUUUUUUGUAUUUAGAAGGGGGCCUGUAGACAGAAUCAAGUGGGAAGUAUAUCCCAUUUCCUUUUUGAGACUUCUGGUCCUGGAGCCGGUGGAGAUGCAGGGGUUGGAUAGGGAGAUUCCCUGGCCCAGCAUUUGACAGCUGCGUUGGAAACUCUCGGGGGCAGUAUGUAUGAUCUGGAGAGAAUAUAACAGAGCUGGGAGCCAGGGUGUUGCUCAGAUUCUGGCACUGGUGAAUCCGAGAAUCAGGAAGAUUCAGAAAAUGUGGCAGAAGUGCUGGUGUGUUGGCAGCCUGGACUCUGACACAUUGAAGGCCCCAGGCUUUUGGCCCCAGGCAGGCAUCACUCCCUGCUACCGCAGCCCUGUGUCUCCACCCUGAAGCACUUCUUCUCUGGCUCCUCCUCUUCCCCACGGUGGCAGGCUGUCCACGCCUGCAUUCUCUAGGGCCUUCACAGCAGCCUCUUGACUGGGCUUUUCCUGGUUUCUGCCUCUCCAGUCCAGCUUUACCGUCUCCAGUGUGACACUUCCGAAACUCAGGUCAGAUUGUCACUCUGCUCCUCGACUCAUGUCAGUGGGUCCCUGGGGUCUGCUGAGUGAAGUUGGCAUAUAGCCCCUCACUGUGGCCCUUGUGGGUCCUCCCAGCCCCAGCCACUGCCCCCCAGCAGAGUCCCUGUGUUCUCCGCAGACCACUCACCCUCUCCUGUCACUCCUCGGUUCCUGACUGCAGCCUGGGUCCACCUGGCAGCUUCCUACUCAUCCAUUAGGGCCCAACUCAAAUGAGGUUUCCCUGACACCACCCAACCCUCAGGCCCUUGCAGAAUUAGCCAAGUCUUCAUCUGUUUACAUAGCACAUUUCAGGUAUUUCUGUUACAGCAUAUAAUAGUAUCGUAUUAUAUCUUAUUUCACCUGUCCUGUUUCUGGUGGGCUCUGGGUUCAUUUAGCACAGAUCCUAUGCCUCAUUUAUAUUCCUCUUUCCCUUGCCUGGCACACAGUAGGUGUUCAGUAUGUGUAUUUUCCCAUGAGUGUUCAUGGGCUCUCUGAGUGCAACAAAGUAUAAACUGCUUAGUCCUUUCUGCCCUGCGUAUGAGACUGGACCUAAGGCUGUCAUCCCUGGUGGUGUGUUUAAAGUUCUUCCCUCUCCUCUGGGUAUCCUGAGCAGAGAUGCAGGGAGAAAGGGGAGAAGACUCAUCUCAUCUCACCUUGAGCUCUAACUGCCAUUCAGACACCCCAGACGGACCAUUCAGUGUAGGCUGAAUGGCCAGACAGGCUCCUACGUGCUAAUCAGGUACCAUCUUGAAACCAGUCCAAAUGGGGAAGCUGUCAGUAUUUACACCCAUGUGCCCAGCAAACUGGGAGUGAGGGAAGUAAAGCGUGCCUGGGGCUGAGGCAUGGAAAGCCCGGGGUUGGAUCUGGAGUGUUUAGGCCAGGGAGAAAUGCCAAACCAUCAGGCAAUCAUCUUCCACAUUCAAGUUUUGAUUUUCAUUUUAAGUGCACAAAAUCCACAAUCUUUUUUUUUUUUUAAUGCAGCAACAACAGCUUCCUAAAAAUGUGUCUCAGCUGAGCCGUUGUCCAUAACAGCAUGCCAUUUGGCCUUUGUAAAAGGAAAAACCUCUGUAUUUGUAUCUAGAACACCCACAGCUUAGUGUGUCAGAUGCUGCUGGCUAGUUUGAUUGGUUGCCUUGCGUGGGUGGCUUCCCGCGGGGGCUGGCUUCCCUAAAGUUGAGUGGGCAGUCCCAAGAGUUCUUCAGUCAUUUCUGCCUAACCCGAGGAAUGCCAGGUUUAAGCAGAGAUGAGGCUUCGUGAAGGAAUGGAUUCCUUUGCUUUUCUGUGGGGAGUGACUGAGGUUCCUAGAGUCUUCCUCGUGAGUGAAAAGGAAGUAGAGGUGUGCUCCAGCCAACUCUUCAGAUGAGGCAAGUGGAUUGAUAAUGGCGCAUUCCUAGAUUCCCAGAGACCUAGCUGGCGGGCUGCCCAGUGAUCCGGGAGUUCGGGUCAUCUCCACGUUGCUCUGGGCCCUGGCUCGGGUGCCAGACGCAGAGAGUAAUUAGAAGGGAGUGGAACAAUCGGGGAAGAUGAUGUUUGCCAGCCACAGGCCGUUUUUAUUGUCCCCGCGGGUUGGACACCGGGCUGAACCAGGUAGGACGGAGAUCAGUUUUAUUAUCGUCUUUCGGCCCCUUCUCCUCCUGGCUGGAAUUUCACAGAAGCUAACCAAUCUCUGCACAGGCGACUCCUCUUGUAUCAAAAGGCUGAAAUCCCUGGGGGUGUGGCCUACGCGGCAGCUGUUUCUCUCCUGAUUUCCAAGGAUAAUGUCAAGUGCCUCCGAGUGUGUGAAAUUCUGGCUGAAAAUAUGCACUUAUUUGGCCAUUACCCAGCACAUGACGACUUCUAUCUCGUGGUGUGCAGUGCUUGUAACCAGGUCGUCAAGCCACAGGUUUUCCAGUCUCACUGCGAGAGAAGACAUGGUUCAAUGUGUAGACCUUCUCCCUCUCCAGCGUCUCCAGCCUCCAACCCCAGGACAUCACUAGUACAGGUGAAAACAAAAGCCUGUCUCAGCGGCCAUCACUCUGCCAGCAGCACCUCAAAGCCAUUCAAAACGCCCAAAGACAAUCUACUUACCUCCAGCAGCAAACAGCACACAGUCUUUCCUGCAAAAGGAUCAAGGGAUAAACCAUGCGUUCCGGUUCCUGUAGUCAGUUUGGAGAAAAUUCCUAACCUAGUGAAGGCAGAUGGUGCCAAUGUCAAAAUGAACUCUACAGCCACUACUGCAGUUUCCGCCUCCUCCACCUCGUCCUCCGCUGUCUCCACCCCUCCUUUAAUUAAGCCGGUCCUGAUGUCCAAGUCAGUGCCACCUUCACCAGAGAAGAUCUUAAAUGGCAAAGGAAUUCUGCCAACCACCAUAGACAAGAAACACCAAAAUGGCACCAAAAACAGCAACAAGCCUUACAGGAGACUUUCAGAGAGAGAAUUUGACCCAAAUAAACACUGUGGAGUGUUGGAUCCCGAGACAAAGAAACCUUGCACAAGAUCCCUCACCUGCAAGACACAUUCGCUAAGCCAUCGGAGGGCAGUCCCGGGCCGGAAAAAGCAAUUUGACCUCCUCCUGGCAGAACACAAAGCCAAGUCCCGGGAAAAAGAAGUUAAAGAUAAAGAGCAUCUCCUGAUUUCCACAAGGGAAAUACUUCCAAACCAAUCCGGGCCGGCACAGGAUUCUCUGCCAGGGUCUUCAGGGAGCUCUGGGCCAGAACCGAAAGUUGCAUCCCCUGCAAAAUCCAGGCCACCUAACUCUGUACUUCCUAGACCAUCAUCUGCAAAUAGCAUAAGCAGCAGCGCGUCUUCAAAUCAUAGCGGCCACACUCCAGAGCCCCCACUGCCACCGGUUGGAGUUGACCUCGCCAGCCGACUGUCCAGUGAUGAAGGGGAGAUGGACGGAGCCGACGAACCCGAGAAGCUAGACUGUCAGUUCUCCACACACCACCCCAGACCUCUUGCGUUUUGCUCAUUUGGGAGUCGCCUCAUGGGACGAGGGUACUAUGUAUUUGAUAGAAGAUGGGAUCGUUUUCGAUUCGCACUAAACUCCAUGGUAGAAAAACACCUGAAUUCACAGAUGUGGAAGCACAGAAGCCCGAGCCACAGGGCAUCAGGUCCCUCCCCCCUGUUCAGGACUUGCCUAACCAAUCUGCUGUCACUGAGCAACAUUGGGGCUGCCUGGGUGUCAACUCUGGAGAGCGUAGCACCCCGCUACCCUCUCAACCUCGCUGCCCAAACCCCAGGCCCAGGCGGGCCCGAACCUGCAGGGAUGGCAGCCGAUGGGGGCAUGGAAGACAUUAGGAAGAAAAGGAACGGCCAAGACUCUUUUUUCUUUAACAAGCAUUUAACUCUGCAUCAGGAGCCGCCAACACAGUAUUCUCUUUCAGCCAGGAAGAUCCCUCCUGCGGCAGAUAGCCCCCUGCCCUCGCCGGCAGCCCACAUCACCACCCCCGUUCCAGCAUCCGUUUUGCAGCCUUUCAGCAACCCCAGUGCUGUGUAUCUUCCUUCAGCUCCCAUCAGCUCGAGGCUCACCUCUUCUUACAUAAUGACAUCAGCCAUGCUCUCAAACGCAGCUUUCGUGACAUCGCCGGACCCGAGCGCCCUCAUGUCCCACACCACAGCUUUCCCUCAUGUGGCCGCAACCCUCAGCAUCAUGGACUCAACCUUCAAGGCCCCAUCCGCCGUGUCCCCGAUACCAGCUGUCAUCCCUUCCCCAUCCCACAAGCCAUCCAAAACCAAAACCAGCAAAUCCUCAAAAGUCAAAGACCUGUCCACCCGUAGCGACGAGUCUCCAAGUAACAAAAAGAGGAAGCCGCAGUCUUCGCCUUCCUCCUCCUCCUCCUCCUCCUCCUCCUCAUCCUUGCAGACAUCCCUCUCGUCUCCACUGUCAGGGCCUCACAAAAAGAACUGUGUUUUGAAUGCCAGUUCUGCUUUGAACUCCUAUCAGGCAGCCUCUCCCUAUAACAGUCUGUCUGUGCACAACUCAAACAAUGGGGUGAGCCCACUCAGUGCCAAACUGGAGCCCUCAGGACGGACCUCGCUGCCCGGCGGCCCCGCGGACAUAGUGAGACAGGUGGGCGCGGUGGGAGGCAGCAGUGACUCCUGUCCCCUCUCUGUGCCCUCCCUUGCGCUCCACGCGGGGGACCUCUCUCUGGCCUCACACAAUGCUGUGUCUUCUCUGCCCCUCUCUUUUGACAAAUCAGAAGGAAAAAAGCGUAAGAACUCAAGUUCUAGUAGCAAAGCCUGUAAAAUCACUAAAAUGCCUGGUAUGAAUAGCGUUCACAAAAAGAACCCGCCCAGCCUUCUCGCACCGGUGCCCGAUCCCGUUAACAGCACCUCCUCUCGGCAGGUAAGGGACCUCCUGGCACCGCCUUCACCGGCUCUGGGGGGCAGGGGGAGCUGGGCAGCGCCCCUGCUUGGCCGGGUGGCUCCGACAGGUAACACAAGCUUGACUCCUUCCCUCGUUCUCCCCAAGGGCAGUUUUCACCCUCUGCUUUGAGAGCACUUUAUUGAACAAGUACUUGAUACCACGCUCACUAUGUGCUAGGCGCUGUUCUCAGUACUUUACAGAUAUGACCUCACCGAGUCCUCAUGACACUCCAGUGCAGUGGGUGCAGUUAGCACUGUACAGAUGAGGAAACCGGGGCAUAGAGAGAUUCUGAGUUCCCCGCUCCACAUUGGUCAGUUUUAUGUUUUGAGGUUCUGAGGACGUUGUCAUUAAAGAGUUCUGUUGCUAA